AUGGGUCUAAACAUUGUCAUUUUCAGUCUCUUCGUUUCAGCUACACUUCUUCUUGUGUCAUCAGGUCAUGCUGCUGAUGAUAGCGAGAGAAAGGCUUACAUCGUUUAUAUGGGAGAUGCUUUGGAAAGCAAAAGUCUAGCAGUGGAGCAUCACCAUAGCUUGCUUUCUGAAGUUACUCAAGAUGAGGAAGUUGCUCGACAGUCCAUAAUUCACAGCUAUGGGAAAAGUUUCAAUGGAUUUGCUGCAUAUUUGACGCCAGAUGAAGCUGCAAGACUACAAGAGAAUGAAAAUGUGGUUUCCGUGUUUCCAAACAGUUUCAGACAGCUUCAAACAACAAGAUCAUGGGAUUUUAUAGACAUGCCUUUAUCAGUUAAAAGAAAUACCCAAAAAGAGAGUGAUAUAAUUGUUGGUAUGCUAGACUCAGGAAUUUAUAUUGAUGCUCCAAGCUUUGAUGACAAAGGAUUUGGGCCCCCUCCAUCAAAAUGGAAAGGCGUCUGCCAAACGGGAGUCAACUUUACUGGCUGCAACAACAAGGUGAUUGGAGCAAGGGCAUAUAGCAUGGGGUCUUGUAAGAAUGAAUCAGCUGCUGACGACGUAGGCCAUGGAUCUCACACUGCGUCCAUAGUAGCUGGCGUUCCGGUCCAAGAUGCAAGUUUCUAUGGCUUAGGACAAGGCACAGCUCGAGGAGGUGUUCCCUCAGCACGCAUUGCUGUCUAUAAGGUCUGUGAUGAUAGUGGCUGCAGCGAUGUUGCUAUCCUUGCUGCAUUUGAUGACGCCAUUGACGAUGGUGUUGACAUAAUAUCAAUGUCCGUUGGCGGGCCCGCCCCGGAUUAUUUCGCUGACCCUAUAGCGAUCGGUUCAUUUCAUGCCAUGAAGAAAGGUAUCUUGACAAGCUGUUCCGCAGGAAAUGAUGGGCCCCAAUUGAGUUCGUUAACUAACGGGGCUCCUUGGAUUUUGACUGUUGGUGCUACUGCCACCGACAGAGUGCUUAGGACUCCAGUUCAUAUUGGCAAGAACAUUAAAACUUUGGGGGUUUCUUUUAACACCUUCAACCUGGAAAAGAAAAUGUACCCUUUGACUAGUGGAUUGAGAGCAAUAAAGAAGGGUGUAGAACCCAAUAAUUUUGACACAUGUGAUUCUACUACUUUAGAUGAAAACAAGGUCAAGGGCAAAAUACUGUACUGCGACGGAACAUUCCAGCAUUCUACCAUCAAGAAAAUGGGCGCAACAGGUGCAAUCCUUCGUUGCGGAAGCUCCUUUUUUGACGCUGGAUCUACCUAUUCACUUCCGGUCGCAUGUGUCGUUGACGAAAUAGGAAACCGAAUUGAACAAUAUCUCAACUCAACCAAAGACCCUCAGGGUGUGAUACUCAGGACAAUACCAAUCAAUGCUACUGCACCUUUUGUGGCGGCCUUUUCAUCUAGAGGGCCUUACUAUAGGUCCCACUCUUUCUUAAAGCCUGAUAUUGUUGCACCUGGAGUUGCUAUCCUAGCUGCUUACACGAAACUUAAGUCUGUCUCUGGGUCUUCACUUGACGAUCGCUUCAAUGUGUUCAAAUUCCUCUCUGGAACAUCAAUGUCUUGCCCUCAUGCUAGUGCAGCUGCUGCCUAUGUCAAGUCAUUCCAUCCUGAAUGGUCUACCAGUGCAAUCAAAUCCGCUCUGAUGACUACAGCAUCUGAAAUACGAGUUCACGAUGAAAAUGUUGAGUUCGCCUACGGAGCUGGCCAAAUUGAUCCUCAAAGAGCUGUUAAUCCUGGCUUGGUAUAUGAACUGUCCAAAAAUGACUACAUCCGGUUCCUAUGCAACGAAGGCUACUCGGGAACACGUCUACGGAUGGUCAUUGGUGAACAUAGUAAUUGCUCAAGCAUCCCCAAGUUUGGAGGCCAAGAUGAUCUAAACUACCCAUCCAUGCUUAUAAUGCAGAAGGACCUUGUGUCUACUGUUUCAGCUGUUUUCAAUCGAACUGUUACAUAUGUAGGAAAUGGAACUUCUACCUACCAGGCAUUCGUGAAGGCGCCUACGAGUCUCAAGAUCAAAGUUUCCCCUGACACGCUAGUGUUUAAUGAAGUGAACGAGAAGAAAUCUUUUACAGUUGAGGUGAACGGGCCACCACUGAAGCACAAUUCUACUCUUUUGUCAGCAUCCCUGGAAUGGACUGACUCAGUUCACAGGGUGAGGAGCCCCAUCCUCGUUUAUCCUAUUUCUAUAUUAGAUCAGUAA